UGGAGACCAGGCUGGCCUCGAACUAACAGAGAUCCGCCUGCCUCUGCCUCCCGAGUCUGGGAUUAAAGGCGUGCGCCACCAAGAGCCCAGCUAAGCCUUGCACUUUUCAAGGACCCUGUAUCCAUGCUGGCCUGUCUUUUAGGACGAGCCUGUACAGCGGGAGACACCUGACCUUUCUCAGGCUGAGACUGAGCAGAAGAUCAAGGAUUACAAUGGCCAAAUCAACAGCAACCUUUUCAUGAGCCUGAACAAGGAUGGCUCCUACACAGGCUUCAUCAAGGUUCAGCUGAAACUGGUACGUCCUGUCUCAGUGCCUUCCAGCAAGAAACCGCCUUCUUUACAGGACGCCCGGCGGGGCCCAGGGCGGAGCACAGCUGUGAGGCGCCGCACCUCCUUUUACUUGCCUAAGGAUGCUAUUAAGCACUUGCAUGUUCUGUCACGAACACGGGCACGUGAGGUCAUUGAGGCCCUGCUGCGCAAGUUCAUGGUAGUGGAUGAUCCUCGCAAGUUUGCGCUCUUUGAGCGAACAGAGCGUCAUGGCCAAGUGUACUUCCGGAAACUGUCAGAUGAUGAGCAGCCCUUGAAGCUACGGCUUCUUGCAGGGCCUAGUGAGAAGGCCCUGAGCUUUGUCUUAAAAGAGAAUGACUCUGGGGAGGUGAAUUGGGAUGCCUUCAGCAUGCCUGAACUGCACAAUUUCCUACGCAUCCUGCAGCGGGAAGAAGAGGAACACCUCCGACAGAUCCUGCAGAAGUACUCUCGUUGCCGCCAGAAGAUUCAGGAAGCCUUGCACGCCUGUCCUUUGGGGUGACCUUUUGUGUCCCUGGGUGGCAGGAGGAAAAUAGGCAAUGCGAAGGGCGUGCCGUGUGAGUGUGAGCGGGCCCGUGAGGCCUGAGGAGUGUGUGUGUGUGGAGGUGGUCCUCUACUAAAGGGACUGAGCCCAGAGAAGAGUGAAGGAGCUGGCCCUCUCCAGUGGAUAUAACGGGGCAUGGCUUUGCAUCCCUCUGCCCCUUAUAUACUGGGUCGUACUCUGGGUAGCUGUUCCAGGCUUUCAUCAGGGUGUCAGCUGUGAAAAGCUUAAGAGACUCCAGAAGCAGAACGAGGUUCUGUUUGCAGGGGUGAGGACCCGUAUCUAUGGGGUCAUGAUUAAGUCUCAGGAUAGCCCAGUCAGAGCCAAGGAUAACUGCUCAGAAUAAUGCAGACAUAAGGUAGAGUCUGUUUCCCUCUUACAGUGCCUUAUGACUUACACAUAUACCCUGAGGUCAGGGAGGGCUGGCAAGUGCAGCUACAAUCAGUGCCUCCUCUAAGGAAGAUGUUGCUGGACCAGACCCACUUCUUGAUUGCCAAAGCCAGAGUCUCCCUCAGAUACUUUUGAUCGAAGUGUAUGAAUGUAUGAAAUGCUUUGUGGCCUCAACUGAAUGCCUCCUGUGGGGAAAGGGAUGGGGGUGUGACAGUCAUCAUCAGGGCCUGAGACCUGAGAGGAUUGGCUGAAUAAAGAUUUAAGAACUUUC